GAAGAGACAGAGGAAUGGGGGAGGGGAGAUGAGUGACUUUUCCAGAGCUACAUAAGUAUUUUCCAGUGUUGGGAGGAACUAUUCCAAACUUCCUUCUCAACCAACUGUCACACUGGUAUUUACUUGUGGGAAACAAGAAAGAACUGGUUCUUGGCCCUCGGAUUUUGACUGAAGAGGUUGGACUGCGUGUCUCUGGCAAGGCCAAGCAAGAUGUCAGGCCUACUCUCAAUCUUCCUCCGGCUCCUCCUGCUCUUCAAGUUGGUUGCUCCAGUGACCUUUCGCCACCACCGCUAUGAUGAUCUCGUGAGGACGCUGUACAAGGUGCACAACGAAUGUCCCCACAUCACACGGGUUUACAGCAUCGGACGCAGUGUGAAGGGCAGACACCUCUACGUGUUGGAGUUCAGUGACAACCCUGGAAUCCAUGAGUCCUUGGAACCAGAAGUCAAGUACGUAGGGAACAUGCAUGGGAACGAGGUGCUGGGCCGCGAGUUGCUGCUGCAGCUGUCAGAGUUCCUGUGCGAGGAGUUCCGGAGAGGCAGCGAGCGCAUCGUGGGGCUGGUGCAGAGCAUGCGCAUUCACAUCCUGCCUUCCAUGAACCCCGAUGGCUACGAGGUGGCCGCCUCCCAGGGUCCAGAUACUACUGGGUAUCUAGUUGGCAGGAACAAUGCAAAUGGAGUGGACUUGAACCGGAACUUCCCUGACCUUAAUACCUACAUCUACUACAAUGAGAAGUUCGGAGGUGCCAACCACCACUUGCCUCUUCCAGACAACUGGAAAAGUCAGGUGGAACCCGAGACUGAGGCUGUGAUCCAUUGGAUGCGCUCUUUCAACUUUGUUCUUUCAGCCAAUCUCCACGGAGGGGCUGUAGUGGCCAAUUACCCUUAUGACAAAUCCCUUGAGCAUCGGGUCCGAGGUUUCCGCCGUGCUGCCAGUACUCCAACACCUGAUGACAAGCUUUUCCGGACGCUGGCCAGAGUCUAUUCCUAUGCACAUGGAUGGAUGUAUCAAGGUUGGAACUGUGGGGAUUAUUUCCCAGAUGGCAUCACUAAUGGGGCUUCCUGGUAUUCUCUCAGCAAAGGAAUGCAAGACUUUAAUUAUCUCCACACCAACUGCUUUGAGAUCACGCUGGAGUUGAGUUGUGACAAGUUUCCCCGUCAAGAGGAAUUACAGAGAGAGUGGCUGGCUAAUCGCGAAGCUCUAAUCCUAUUCUUGGAACAGGUACACAAGGGAAUCAAAGGAAUGGUGCUAGAUGAGAAUUAUAAUAAUCUCCCAGGGGCUGUCAUUUCUGUCAGUGGGAUCAACCAUGAUGUCACCUCAAGUGACCAAGGCGAUUACUUCCGGCUCCUGCUUCCGGGUACCUACACUGUCACUGCCACAGCACCUGGGUACGACCCUGAGACAAUGACUGUGACUGUAGGUCCAGGGGAACCAAAACUGAUUAACUUCCACCUCAAGAGAAGCAUCCCUCAAGUAACCCCUACAAGGAGCAUUCCCAGCUCUGGGCAUGGAGACCAUGUUUUACCAAAGAAAGUACAGCCCCGGGCAGCCAGGAAGAAAGAUGUGAAGAUGAACUAGCCCUGGGGUGUCCAGGGCAAAACUUUAGACAGGCUUUAUUCCUGCUCUCCGAUCAGACUGAAGAAGGCUUUUACAGGUAGGGAUCCCUUCUGGGGUUUCGAGUGGUCUUUGCUCGAAAAGAAUUUCAAGAGAACACUGUGACAGAUGUGCAGUUUCUAAAUUUGUCCUUUAUUAGAGUUACAUGCAAAAUGUGAAGUUAGAGUUAAAGCUCGGGGGGUAGGUUCCUGAGAAUCUCUGGAGCUAGUCCAAAAAAAAAGCCUUCUCCAUAUAAGCCCCCUCCUCUUAUGCCCUUCUUACUUCACACCGGGGCUCACUUUUCACUGGUGUGAUGAAACGAACUCCUCCCCCUUCAUAUAGUACAGUGUAAAGACCCUUCACCAGCGUUCAUGUCAGUUCUACGUGUGCAAAUUCAGUUAAAACAAAAGUGUGUGUACCAGUUGCAUGUGUGCAAACCCAGUGAAAACAAAGUGUCUGUGCUCCCCAGGACCCCUUGUGCCCCAUGUUGUACCUCAACAAAACGAAGCAAUCUUUUCAGUUUGUUAUCGAGGACAUAUUUAAGUAUAAACAUAUUCAGAAAAAUCCACAA